GAGUCGUUGUUGGCAUCCCUCCCGAGCAAUCCUUACCACACGCACAACUCUCCAUUGGAAAAAAGACGACAGAAGCUAGCUCGCGACUAAGUACCUCCGAACAUUAUUAUUUUGUUUUAUUCGCCACAAUACGACCACGAUGUUUCGCCCAUUGCCCACGUCGUCCGUUGCAUCGGUUUCGUCGAUCCUGCUUUGUGUCUCCUUUCUAAGCCAAACGACGCAACCAUUCACCGCAAAACCAAGGGUUGCAACCACAAAAAACAUACCGUCAUCACCGCCGACAGAACUAUUCUCUUCAGCUGCAGCUAACCCAACUUCGGAGAUCCCCGAGCUAAUGCUAUUCAAUUCCAAAACACGAUCGAAAGAACCAUUCCAAACCCUCUCCCCUAGAAAAGUUGCGAUGUAUACCUGCGGUCCAACCGUCUAUGAUUACGCACACGUGGGGAAUUUCCGGGCUUUUCUGACCUACGACCUGGUCAAGCGCGUCCUGUUGUACUUUGGAUACGACGUCGAACACAUUUGCAACCUUACUGACGUCGACGACAAGAUCAUCAACCGUGCCAACGAGCAGGGCCUCGCCGUCGGAGCCAUAAACGACCUGACGUUGAAAUUUGAAAACUACUUUUUCGACGAUCUCAAAGCCCUAAACGUCAUGAUGGCUGACCGGUACCCGCGGGCGACGGAACACAUUCCGGAAAUGAUGGAAAUGAUUCUACAGCUGGCCGAAAAAGACCUGGCCUACGAAACCGAGGAUGGAUCGUGGUACUUCGCAACCUCCAAGAAAGAAGGGUACGGAGAACAACUCGUUCAGCUGAAUAAGGACGACAUGGAAUCGCAGCAAGACGAUACUGCCGUUGGAACCGACAUGAAGCAGGAUCCCAGAGACUUUGCGCUGUGGAAGGCCUUCAAAUCUCCCGAUCGCGAGGACGCCUCCUGGGAACACCCCGACGGAAAAAUAAAAAAGGGACGCCCGGGAUGGCACCUGGAAUGCAGUGCGAUGGCCCGAAAGUACCUCGGGGACACGCUCGACAUCCACGGAGGUGGCUGCGAUCUCCAGUUCCCCCACCACGAAAACGAAAUCGCCCAGUCGGAGGGGGUCACCGGAAAACCCUAUUGCAACUACUGGGUUCACAACGGAUUCGUAAACAUCAAUGACGAAAAAAUGUCCAAGUCCCUGGGUAACUUCCUUACCCUGAGGACAGCAUGUCCCAAGGCCGUCGAUGUGCGGGCCUACCGGUUUUUCGUCAUGAGUUCGCAGUACCAAAAACAACUGGGCUUCACGGCCCAGGCAAUGGAUGCUUCGAAGAAUUCCUUGAAAAGAAUCGACCGGGUGAUGCAACAAAUCGAAGAUGCUGUUGGCAGAAACAAGGAAAAUGCCGACGGCGAACCGCAGUCGUCGUCUACACUGAGCGACGCGGCAUCCAAAGCGCUCAAGAAUUUCGACCUGGCACUCCUGGACGACCUGAGCAUGCCACGCGCCUCUGCCUCGCUGUUUUCCUUGGUCAAGGCCACUGAAAAAGAGUUCAAGCGGGUUAAAAAGGACGAGACCGCAACACUGGAUUUGAAAGGCCUCGCGGAGGUUCAAAGUGCUUUGUUACAGAUGGAUAAGGUAUUUGGGAUCUUUUACGAUGUUCCUCUCACCAAGGAAGAAGAGGAAGCACUUGCAGCAUCCGGCAGCAGCGACAGCGAGGGAGGAGCUACUGAGGUCUCCGACGAGGUUAUGGAAUUGGUCGUUCAACGAACCGAUGCCAAGGAGGCCAAAGACUGGGAACUCGCGGAUUCUCUGCGGGCCCGGAUCACAGAACUCGGUUUUGCCGUCAAGGAUGUCAAGGGAGGCGAUCCAAUAGUUACGAAAAUAGAAUAGUUAUGCGAGAUUCAAGUUAUUUAGACGGAGAUUAUUAAUAAAUAAACGACACCGAU